UUCCGGUCAUGCGCAUUAUCGCUGUAGCAACCUGAAAGUUGUUGAAAAUCUUUCGCCGUCGCUAAUAUCUAUCACAUUUCUUCAGGACUCCGUUCCAUCACAAUGACCACCUACAGGGCAGCUGAUUCCAAGAGAGAGGAGUUCAGGAAAUACCUGGAAAAGGCAGGUGUCUUGGACGCUCUCACAAAAGUUCUUGUUGGACUUUAUGAAGAGCCAGAGAAACCAAACAAUGCUCUUGACUUCUUGCGUCAGCAUAUCGGAGCAGCUGGUCCAGAUACAGCUGAUGUAGAAGCCCUCAAGCUCGAGGUGUCUGAACUGAGGACUAAGUGUGAGCAGCUCCAGGAAGAGAACAAUGAACUCAAAUCUAAGAUGCAGCAAUAUGAGCCACAAGCAGAGCAGGAGGCGCCGGAAAACUAGCCAGUCCAUCCAUCCUUCCAUCUGUCCAUCCAGAUUAUAUAUAUAUGUGUACAGUGAACAAUGUACAUAGAUGUAUAUAACAUUAAAUCAUUCCAUCUGCAGUCGCCACUGUUCCAGCAUCUUGAUACGGCUACAUGACUGCUUCCAUCAUGCUCCUCAUGACAGUCUGUUGACACAAGUGGAAAUAUGCUGUAUCUUCUAUUCAACAGUAAUAGCAUUUUCAACCGAAUGGUUGUAAUAAGUACUAAAUGGCAAUAUAUUCUCUCUUUGAGCUCUGUUUGGCUAGGAUGAACAAGAUGUUUGUGUUUCAUGGUUGUUUACAUUGCUUUGGUCUCAUGGUUUGAGCAGGCAAAGGUAAAUAAAUUUGGUUAAGUUUGAGAAGUAAAGUAUCUAUGGUCAAUAUUUCUUUGUGAUAUCUGAAAUGUCUCUGAGAUUCCAUUUUUAUUUGUGGUACAUAUUUUGUGUGAACAAAUGCAUAUUUUCUUUGGAAGAUUGUUAAGGUAUAUUUUCUUUUCUUUUUAUAUUCUGUAGGGAAGGAUGUCAGGGCCACAAUAAAUGAUUAUUUGUUCCUUUGAUCUUUUUUCACAAUGUGGCUUGGUAGCCUAGUGGUUAAGGCAUUUGCUCUUGGCACAAAAAACCUGGUUUCGAUUCCCCGAAUGGGUACAAUGUGAUGAGCCAAUUUCUGUUGUCCCCUGCCAGAUAGUAUAAUUUUAUUGCUGGAAUAUUGCUAAUACUGGCUGAAACACUACUCACUCUUUUUUCAUGAAGUGGUGAUUUACAGUUUCUGUUUAAAUGGCAACAAAUUCUUUUUUUCAAAAGCUAAAAAAAAUGUCAUCUAUCCUAAGCAGAGUAUUUCAUAGGUCCAUUUAUUAUCCUCAAUUUUGGGUUCAUUGAAGAAGUACUUGAAUGCAGUUGCUUUGUCAUAAUCAAACAAUAACUGGCAAGAAAACACAUUCCAAAGAACAAAUAGUUAAUUUGUUGUGGCCUAAAUUAUUUAAUGUCUCAAAGUGAACACCCCCUUAUUAUGAAAGAGAUUCAAUUUCUGUUUACGAUUGUGUUCCAUCAAAAUGUGUUUUUAUCUUAUGUUACCAUGGUUACCUGUUGAAAAGGUUGGUCUCUUGAAAAUGGCGAGGCACUCAGAAUGCUAAUGUUGUGCAUUGAAUACUGAGGUGGUUUCUUUCUUACCAGCUAAUUAUUUAACUGUUCAAGUGUUACAGUGGUAGUAGUAGGCGCUGGUUAGCCAUUGUUAGUAACUUAUGCUGUUUAUGUACAUUGUCAACAAGUUUGUUCCAUUAAAGAAUACUUCA